AAAUAGUUAGCUGUCCUUCCCCAUUCAGACACUCGCGGUCGUUGUGGUCUUCUUACUUAAAACAUUUUACAUUCAUGGACAAGAGCUAAGUGACGCAAGGCUGGCUGACUGAUUGUUAACGAAGUUUCCCAUUUUACAUUACAUACAGUUGUUUGUUUGGUUUGUUGCUUCACCGCCACCUUUCGUACCUUGCUGCCAAGUUUCAAUCACACUUUUAGGCCACUCUUUAGGAAACGUCUGCUCUCAAAUAUACCAAAAUGAAUCCGCCAAACGAGCAAAAGGUUGUGAAAAUGAUCACUUCUAUUUUGGUGACCGAGAAGAAAUGCAUGUCACCCCACGAGCUGAUGAGACAGUACAGAGAUCAGGUGGGAGAAAACAUUCCCUAUGUGAAGCUGGGGUACAACAAUCUGAUAGAGCUGCUGCAAACUAUACCUGGAAUGAGUGUCACGAGCGGGAUGAACAGAGAAACGCUCUUGGCCUAUGACGCAUCUCACACGAGCUCUGGACACAUCCAGCAGCUGGUGAUGCGGCAGAAAAAUCAGCCAAAGAAAUUUGGCCGGCCCGGCACUUUCAGGCCUCCCAUGCAAAUCCGUUCGACUAGGUACAUCAAUCCACAUUCCUCUUAUGUGCCGCCACCAAGACAAAUGCCUGUGAUAACCCCGCCAGUGUACCAUUCGGUGCAGCCUGUGCCUCUGUUUGUACCUUCAUAUGCUCAAAAUUUAAAGCAGAUGCAGCUGAAGGCUAGCAUGGAAGCUGCGAGGAUGCAUCCAAUGGGGGCCACGGAGAACCUGCAACCGAGGCCGGUGCUGUGUGCUGAGAAACAGCUCGCGCCUGCCUUCAAGAAUCUUAGCACAAAUGCUGGUGGCAGGAGUGUCCGCUUUGAGAAGGAGAACGUCUACAUUCCGCACUUGAGUGAAAAUAAACCAGCCCUAAGUGUUGCUGAUGGCCCUGUUGUAAAAGACUCGGCCCAGCCUCAGCCGCCGCUACUGGUUCCUAAAGUGGAAAAAUUUGUGGUUCCUAAAGUGGAAAAAAUUGAGAAAUUUGGUGAUGUUCUCAUGCCUAUGACAGAUGAAAAUCUGAAUUUAAUCACUCUGAAGAAAGAAGAUUUGGUUGAAUUCGUUGUUAGACCUCGGACAGUUCGGACUGAUGAGCCCAUGCUGCUGAAUUACCAGUUCCUAGGAGAUGAUUUCUUGCUUUACUUUGCCUACCGCAACCUCAAAGGCAAAAUUAGAAAAGAUUCUAAGUCAAUUUGGUGUGGAAUGUCCUACUCUGGAUUAAACACACGCAAAGCCCUUCUUCUGGUGGAGCAAAACAGGAACUCUCAGUGGCACAAAAUGAUAGUGAUGCUUGGCUACAUGGACAUUCUUGAGAGUAACUAUAACUUUGAGAAGAGCAAGCUCAACAUGCUUCGAAUUUUGGACACACUCUCUGAGAAGUGCACCAGUGUUUUUGUCCUCACUCUGCCUAUGGUGAACAGCAACACAGAGAUAGGGAAGCGGAUUGAAGAGUGGAACAGAUGGCUGCAGUCCCUUAAACCAAGCGGUGAAGCUUCGCUUGUUGGAAGGCGACACAAAAUCAACAGGCUCGUUGAAGAGGCCCCGAACUGUGUCACAAUCGUCGACCUGAAAUACGCUUUCUUCACCAACCUGGCUUGGUGUGGAACUUACAAAAGCCAGCAGCACUGCCCUCAGGGAAAGAACUUCUCUAUCGGCAUGUGGACUCAUUCGACAAGGAAGUUUGUCUACAAUUUCCUGUCGAGGUUGAUUUGCCCCCAACAGUAAGGAUUCAGAUUAAUCCUUGUACAUAAAUCAGUUUGUUCGUUUUUACAAAAAUUCUGUGCCAAGAAAAUGUGCUUGGUACGGCUUAUCACGAUGUAAAGCCUUUUGAUUGCUUUCAAAGGCCGCCCGUCUUUUUACCCCUAAAAUUUAAGUGGGGUGUGUUUAUUUUUACAGAACAAAGAAGUACUUAAAUUUCCGCUAUAAAUUUGUACAUAUCUUGAGUACCUCUUAGUCAAAUUAACACAAAAGAUAAAAUUGACGCUUCAAGAAAUAAGAAGAAUCUCCUGAUUUUCCAUACUCUAACCCUCUUAGAUGGCUUAAACCAUUGCAAUCACUAAAAGUGAAAUUUCGUUUCUCAGCAGUUUAAUAUCUCGUAAAUUUAAAUAAAGCGGAGAAAUAAAUAAUAUAAGUAAAAUUAUACCUAAAUAAUAAUAAUAUUGCUUUUAUUUGCAUUAGGGUUAUUUUUGUAGGCCCAGUGCUAGUAGUGAGAUAAGAAAUUGAAUUGACACUCAAUUUGCUAUUAAAGUAACUUUUAGUAUAGAUUCUCUGGACCAAAUCAUUCUUAUUUCUUUGAGGGUUUUCUGGCUAGUUCUCGCAUGGAAGAAAUUUAAAUAAGAAUUGUAUGGAAGGAAUGCUGUGGAACGAUUAUAAAAAUCCACAUUUCUGCUUGAUCAAGCAACUUUGCAGGAGAUUUAUUUUGUGUUAAAAUUUUGAGAAACAAAGAGGCAUUAAUAAAAAGAUUUUCAGUUCUAA